AUGCUCUGGUGCCAGAAGGGACUACUGCCCCUCUACAACUCGCCAAGGCCCAGUCGAUGUUCACGCAGCAGUGAGCUUGUCUUGACCGCCGCUCUUCUGCCCAACUGGCCUUUCGCCUUCGUCACGGAGCUCGCAACCUCUGCUGACGAAAAGGGGUGGAGAAGAGACGUCAACGUUACGCGCUGGGAAUGGCGAGAUCGGAGAUGGACGAUAGGAGAGGGUGGCGCAAAGAACUUCAAUUGUGAAGGUGAUCAGACGUUCACGUUUCAUAGAAUAGGGCUGAAACUCUCCAGGGCUUCGGGACAAGGCAGCUGCAAACAGACCUCUCUUGCCAUCAAUCGCAACAACAUGCAAAUAUCGGAAUGUUCAAAUGAAGCACUCAGCCGAAAGAACACGCCGACCCAGAAGUCGAUUUCUCGCGACCCAGAUCGGCUCUCGGCGAACGUCCCUGAAGUCGGACAUUUCUACAGAACCAGAAAUCUGGGAAAGUUUGCCUUGAACUAUGCAAGAUGUCGCCUUACGGCCUGGAAGACAUUGGGACUCACCGCUGCUCACGAUCGUGACGUGGUCCUGUAUCAGCCUCUAAGAGAGAGCAUGUCUCGAGCAUCGUUGGAGCAUGUCUAG